CGGAGCUCCGCGAAAUCCCCGAAACUCAAGACUGGAGAUGAAGCGACUCGGGCUCGCGCUUCUGACCGCGUUACUAUGGCAAUGGUGCCAUGCCCAGCAGAGAGGACUGUUCCCGGCGGUGCUGAACCUGGCGUCCAUGGCGGACAUAUCCGCCAACGCUACCUGUGGUACACUGGGCCCAGAGAUGUUCUGUAAGCUGGUGGAACAUGUACCGGGCCAGCCGAUUAGAAACCCUCAGUGUCGAAUCUGCAACCAGAGGAGUUCCAAUCCAUUUGAACAACAUCCCAUAGAAUAUGCCACAGAUGGGACCAACCGUUGGUGGCAAAGUCCCUCCAUCAAGAAUGGAAUGGAUUACCACUAUGUGACCAUCACGCUGGACUUAAAACAGGUUUUCCAGAUUGCUUACCUCAUCCUAAAGGCAGCCAACUCCCCUCGGCCAGGUAAUUGGGUCUUGGAGCGUUCAAUCGAUGGCGUGACCUUUGACCCCUGGCAGUACUACGCCAUCACAGACACAGAGUGCCUGACAAGGUUCAACAUCAAUCCACGGACUGGACCUCCAUCCUACACCAGAGAUGAUGAAGUUAUCUGCACAUCGUUCUAUUCAAAGAUUCACCCCCUGGAGAACGGAGAGAUCCACACGUCUUUGAUCAACGGCCGGCCCAGUGCAGCCGACCCGUCCCCGACCCUGCUGAACUUCACCUCCGCCCGCUACAUCAGGCUGGUGUUUCAGCGGAUCAGAACGCUGAACGCCGACCUCAUGACUCUGACGCUUCGUGACCCGAGUGACGGCGAUCCCAUUGUGACCCGGCGGUACUACUACUCCAUUAAGGACAUCUCCGUCGGGGGGAUGUGUAUCUGCUACGGCCACGCCAAAGCCUGUCCUCUCAACACCGUCACCAAGAAGUUUAGCUGUGAAUGUGAACACAACACAUGCGGGGAGAGCUGUGAUCGUUGUUGCCCUGGUUACAACCAGCAGCCCUGGAUGGCAGGAACCUUCCUCACUCGACAUGUGUGCGAAAAGUGUAACUGCCACGGCAAGGCAGACGAGUGCUACUUUAAUCAGACCGUAGCAGACCUGUCACUCAGCCUGAACAGCCAGGGCCAAAGCAGUGGAGGUGGAGUCUGCAUUGGUUGCCGAGACAACACAUCUGGAAUCAACUGUGAGACAUGCGUCGAUGGGUUCUACAGACCCACCGGGGUGAUUGCUGAGGAUGAGGACCCCUGCAUCCCCUGCUCAUGUGACCCGAAUGGUUCCAUCAGCCAAUCGUGUCUCCCAGUUUCGAGCAAGGCGACGCCCAUUCAGCCAGCGGGGUCAUGCCCGUGUAAGGAGGGUUUUGGGGGUCUGCAAUGUGACAGGUGUGCCGUCGGGUACGCGGGCUUCCCGUUCUGCCAGCGCUGCAACUGCAGCAUGGACGGAAGCACCAACGACGACCCGUGCGUGACGCCGUGCGUGUGCAAGGAAAACGUGGAGGGAGAAAACUGUGACCGCUGCAAACUGGGAUUCUAUAACCUCCAAGGUGACAACGGACGUGGCUGUGAAAAGUGCUCGUGUAUGGGCGUCUCCAGUCAGUGCUCGGCUUCCUCAUGGACCUAUCACCACGAGGCCACUCUGACAGGAUGGCACCUGCAAGGAGAAACGGGAGGGACGGUGUGGUCCGUUCACAGAGAGGCUCCUCCGUACCUCAGUGUCCGACACUCGGAUGUGGUGAAUGAUCUCGGCUCCGCCUACUACUGGAACGCACCUGGCCUUUACCUGGGAAACAAGCUCUCGGCCUAUGGAGGGAGUUUGGUCUACACUGUGUCUUAUGCUACAGACCAACAAGAACAAAUGGCCAUACGAGUGACCUCACAACCUGACCUGGUCAUCGAGGGAGGCGGGAUCAAGAUAAUUGACAGGCGGUUUGGCCAGCCGGUGUACCCGUCCUCUCCAAGCACCAAUCGCAUUGCUCUCCUUCCGGAGAACUUCCUGGUUUCAGACAGCGCUCGGCCGAUCACCCGCAGGGAUUUCCUGUCCGUGUUGACCAAUGUGACCGGCGUGAUGGUGCGGGCCUCUUACAGCACCGAACCCAGCGCCGUGUACAGGCUCCACUCAUUCUCAAUGCAGGUAGCUAAUCCCUCUGCCGCAGGAGAGAGGAGAGCUUCAGCUGUAGAGAGCUGCUCUUGUCCUCCUGGAUACGCUGGAACGUCCUGUGAGACGUGCAUUCCCGGGUUUCGGAGGGUUAACGGGAAUCUGUACAACGGUGUGUGUGAGGCUUGCCACUGCCAUGGACACACUUCUCAAUGCCACGAGGUCACGGGACACUGCCUGGACUGCUCCCACCACACCACCGGCCCCCACUGUGACUCCUGCCUGCCUGGUUAUUACGGCAACGCCAGCCGAGGGUCACCUGCCAACUGUCAGCCCUGCGCCUGCCCACUCCAUCUUCCAAGUAACAACUUCAGCCCCACCUGCCACGUAGGUGCAGAAGGAGAAUUGUUGUGCGACCAGUGCCAGCCUGGAUACGCAGGACCACGAUGUGACAGAUGUUCCAACGGAUACUACGGCCAGCCCAACGUGCCCGGGGGAUCCUGCCGGCCCUGUGAUUGCCAUGGCAACCUGGACCUGUCCAAACCUGGCAGCUGCGACCCGAUCACGGGCCAGUGUCUGCGCUGUCGUCAAGGUUACGGCAGCGCGUCUUGCGACAGUUGCGCUGACGGCUACUACGGAGAUGCCAUCGUAGCAAAGAACUGCCAGCCUUGCCAGUGCCAUGCUAAUGGCUCUGAGUCAGAGGUUUGCGAUAAGGAGACCGGACGGUGCCAGUGCAUGAAGAAUGUGGUUGGACGUCAGUGUGACGAGUGCAUCCCUAACUGCUGGUGGGAUGACGAGGGUCAGGCCUGUGUUCCCUGUCGCUGCAGCCCUCACGGCUCUAUGUCUCAGCGCUGUGACAUCGAGGGCCGCUGCAUCUGUCGGCCCGGCUUUGUGGGCCAACGCUGUGACCUGCGUCGCCAAGGUUACGAGAGGCGGGAGACCCGCAGGCCGGUGGAGCGGGUUCCCAUAGAAGUUGCGCAGCAGAGAUGGGGGGGCUCCUCCCGCACCGGGGGUUGUCCCAGGGGGGCAUAUAAGCCUAAAACAGGGGCCCAGACCCACGGCCUCAGCACAGGUGGAGUGUGUGUCCCGUGUCACUGUAACUCAUUUGGUUCCAAGUCAUUUGACUGUGAUGAAACCGGUCAGUGCCGGUGUCAGCCGGGUGUCACCGGACCCAAAUGUGACCGCUGUUCACGGGGGUUCUUCAACUUCCAGGAGGGCGGCUGCACACCCUGUAACUGCGGCCACGUGGGGAAUAACUGCGACACUAACACCGGACAGUGUAUCUGUCCUCCCAACACUAUCGGUGUGAGGUGCGACUACUGUGCCCCCAACCACUGGGGCCAUGAUAUCAUAACUGGAUGCAAGGCGUGCGGUUGCAGCGGGAUCGGCUCGGUGACCCAGCAGUGCAACGUCAACACAGGCUGCUGCAUGUGUCACAACGCCUUCAGAGGAGAGAAAUGCAACGAGUGUCAAAUUGGAUACAGAGACUUUCCUCAGUGCACCCAGUGCGAGUGUAACAUCUCAGGAUCGGACAGCCAGAGCUGCGACCCGGAGAGAGCAGUGUGCGCCUGCGCGGAUCGAACUGGAAAGUGUAGCUGCAAGGCAAAUGUUGAAGGAGACAACUGUGACCGCUGUAAGCCAGACACAUUUGGGUUGUCUGUACGAAACCCGCUCGGCUGCAGCAACUGUUACUGUUACGGGCUGACACGCUCGUGCACAGAGGCCCAAGGACUCAUCAGGAUGUGGUUGGCGCUGAAGCCUGAGCAGACGGUGCUGCCCCUGGUGGACAAAUCCAACACUGUGGAGACGAGGCGAGGAGUGAGCUUCCAGCAUCCUGAGAUCCUGGCUCACACGGACCACGUCACCCCUACACUCUCUGAGCCCUACUACUGGAAACUGCCGGAGCAGUUCACAGGCUCCAUGAUUACAGCAUACGGUGGGAAGCUGAAGUAUGCCGUGUACUACGAGGCCAGAGAUGAAACCGGUCCUUCCUCCUACGAGCCUCAGGUCAUCAUCAACGGGGGUCCCACGCGCAACAUACUGAUGACCCGCAGCAUCCCGGGACUACAGAUCGGUCAGCUCACUCGCCACGAGAUCGACAUGACGGAGCACGAGUGGAAGUACGCAGAUGGCAGGUCCAUGACUCGAGAGGACUUCAUGGAUAUUUUGUUCUAUGUGGACUACAUCCUAAUUAAGGCAUCACACGGCAACUUGAUGAGACACAGCCGUAUUUCAGAGAUCAGUCUGACUGUGGCCGAGGAAGGCUCGCCCACCACGGACAGCGAGGAAGCCCAUCAGAUAGAGAAGUGCGACUGUCCCAUGGGAUACUCCGGCUUCUCUUGUGAGGAGUGUGCCGCGGGUUUCUACCGCCUUCGCACCGGUUCCCCGGCAUCUGCUUCGGCGUCCAGACUGCCAACCGCCGCCGGCAUGGGCAGCUGUGUUCAGUGCCAAUGCAGUGGGCAUUCUUCCACCUGUGACCCCGAGACAUCCAUAUGCCAGAAGUGUCAGGGCCACACAGAGGGGGAUCGGUGUGAACGCUGCUCGGCGGGAUUCUACGGCGUGGUCCGAGGUUUCCACGAUGACUGUAAACCGUGCGCGUGUCCCCUCACCAACCCAGAGAACAAUUUCAGUCCAACGUGUGUAACGGAGGGGUAUGAUGACUACCGAUGUACAGCCUGUCCUGAGGGAUAUGAGGGCAAAUACUGCGAGAGGUGUGCUACUGGUUACCAUGGUAACCCGCAGAUGCCGGGCGGCCACUGCGAGGAGUGUAAGUGUUCCUCGUGGGGGGCGCUGCCCGGACCAUGUGACCCUGUCACAGGCCAAUGCCGUUGCACGGUCGGGGCAUCGGGGACCUCGUGUGACCAGUGCAUGGAGCGGCAUGUGUGUGGACCGGCUGGCAUCAUCUCCUGUGACGACGAGUGCUCGGGUCUGUUGCUCAGCGAUAUGGACCGCCUGAAUCGCAUCAUCACUGAUGUCAACCUGACAACGCCGCUCCCACCCCCGUACAAAGUGUUGUACCGCUUCGAGAACAUGACCGAGGAACUCAAGCACAUGCUGUUGCCUCAGAAAGCUCCGGAGAGAUUGCUGCAACUGGCCGACUCCAACCUUGCAUCGCUGGCCGUUGAGAUGGACCAACUACACAGCCGGUCCACCAAGGUAUCUGCUGAUGGAGAGCAGGUCGAGGACGAUGCUGAACGCAUUCAUAAACGAGCUCGGGACCUGGAGCAGUUCAUCAGGGACACGCUGCUUGGAGCUGAAGACCUCCAGUCCAAGGCUGCAGACUUGAACCGGACUCUGUCGAGAAGAGAUGGAACUCCAGAGAAAAGCCUGAAGGAGAUGAAGGAGGAGAUCCAGGCCAUGCUCGCCGAGAUGAGAAAACGACAGCUGGGAGGCAAGAAGAGCAUCGCCGAGGAGGAGAUGGGCCUAGCAGAGGAGUUGUAUCAGAAAGUGAAGAGAUUGUUUGGUGACCCCCAUCAGACCACAGAAGACCUAAAAGCAGAGAUAAAAGAGAAGCUGUCGGACCACGAGGGGAAGCUGAAGGAUGCCCAGGACCUACUCCACUCUGCCCAGGGCAAAACCAGAGAGGCGGCCAAACUGGCCGAACGAAACCAAGCGAACCUCACGGCUCUCGAGAGAAAGCGCUCUGCAGUAAGCGGGUUGAGACAGGAAGCACAAAGGGUCCUUGGAGAAGGAGAACGUCUUCUGGCUGAAACCAACCAACUCUCUGACAACAUCAACAAUGAGAUAGAGGACUUGAAGGGAAUGACUGAGGAGCUGAAGCCUCUUCAUGACGACCUGGACGUCAAAGCCAGUCACCUCUCCCGGGGUUUACGAGACGGCGGCCUGGAGAAUCACGUCCAGGACGCAGAGCAACACGCCGAGCAGCUGAGCCAAUCUGCUGCUAUUUUGGACGGUAUUUUAGCUGAAGCGAAAAAUCUCUCCUUCAAUGCGACAGCUGCCUUCAAGGCCUACAGCAACAUUAAAGCCAAUGUGGAUGCAGCAGAGAAGGAGGCGAAGGCAGCCAAACAGACAGCAAGUGAGGCCCUCACGCUGGUUUUAGAUCCAGAGGUCCCAGUAAAGGAAGCUCAUGUUGCCCUCCAGAAGAGCCACAGCUUGCUAAACCAAGCUAAACAACUUCAGAAUGAUGUCAAAGAGAAUACCGAUAGUGUGGCGGGGCUGAAGGGCAGAAUCAAAGCAGCGAGAGACAACGCCAAAGACCUGCUGAAAGCUGUCAACGGAACCAUGGCAACGCUCAACGCCAUCCCCAAUGACACAGCAGCUAAACUAGCAGCCACGAAGGCUGUGGCGGCAGAUGCUAACGCCACGGCGAUAGACGUCCUGGACCGCCUCAGGGACUUGAACCUGCUGGUGCGCGGCCUGCAGAGGAACUAUACCGAGCUGGAGGACAACGUCAAUGCGGCCAAUCAGAUGAUCCAGGACCCAGAGAAAAACAUCCACGCUGCAGGAGCAAAAGUGAAGGAUUUAGAGGAUGAAGCCGACAGGCUCUUGGAGAAGCUGGAGCCAAUCAAAAAACUACAGGACAAUUUAAGGCGAAACAUUUCACAAAUCAAGGAACUGAUCAACCAAGCUAGGAAACAAGCUAAUACAAUCAAAGUUUCGGUAUCAUCAGGGGGCGACUGCCUCCGUUCUUAUCGCCCUGACAUCAGGAAAGGGAGGUACAACACCAUCAUCCUCAACGUUAAAACCACCACACCUGAUAACCUGCUCUUCUACUUGGGAUCCGUCAAAUAUGUUGAUUUCCUUGCCUUGGAGAUGCGUAAAGGAAAGGUGAGUUUCCUCUGGGACGUGGGUUCAGGAGUGGGCAGGGUGGAAUAUCCUCAUCACACCCUCCAUGAUGGGAACUGGCACAGAAUAGAGGCGUCUCGCAACGGGUUGAAUGGCACCAUAUCGGUGUAUCCUCUGGAAGGCUCCAUGGCCGGCAUGAUGCCCACCCCGGCCAGUGCCGACUCGCCCACGGCCUUCACCAUCUUGGACGUUGACCAGAACGCCUACCUGUUCGUAGGAGGGAUCCUCGGCACCGUCAAGAAAGCAGAGGCCGUACGGACAGAGACGUUCACCGGCUGCAUGGGGGAGACCUUCUUGGAUGGCAAACCGAUUGGACUGUGGAACUACAAAGAAAGACGGGGAGACUGCAAAGGAUGUGUUGUCAGCCCGCAGCGUUCUAAUGGCAAGGGCACAGUUCAGCUGGACGGGGAGGGCUACGCCGCCGUGGGACGACCCACCAGGUGGAACCCCAAUGUUUCCUCCGUGACCUUUAAGUUCCGCACGUUUUCCUCUGAAGCUCUGCUCAUGUAUUUGGCGACUGAAGAUAUGAAGGACUUCAUGUCCCUGGAGCUGUCACAGGGCAAGGUGAAGGUGAACUUUGACCUCGGCUCAGGCGUCGGCACGGCCACAUCAGCUAACCGCCACAAUGAUGGGCACUGGAAAUCCCUCACCAUGGCGAGAAACAAGAAACAAGCCACGGUGACGGUAGUGGACAUCGACAGUGGUGCUGAGGAGAAGAUCGUGUCGUGGUCACAGGGCUCAGCCACCGGGCUCAACUUCAAAGAAAACCAGAAGAUAUAUUUCGGAGGGCUGCCCACUAUUGGAAACUACAGCAUGACAGCCAGGUCAGAGGUCACUUUGAAGCGAUACGCCGGCUGUCUGUGGGAGAUCGAAAUCUCCAGGACUCCCUAUAGUCUCCUCAGCAGUUCAGAUUACACUGGGGUCACUAAAGGAUGUAAUGUUGAGAAGCUGUACACGGUCAGCUUCUCUAAGCCGGGUCACAUGGAGCUGGGCGGCCUUUCGCUAGACGUUGGCGCGGAGAUCAGCCUGUCAUUCAGCACUCUGGCGGACACUGGCAUCAUAAUGCUGGCCGUCGGCGGAGCUUCACCAAUCAGCCAGCAGGCCCAAAACACAAACACGAAGAGGAGACGCAGACAGUCAGGAGAGCCCUACCUCUCCGUCCUGCUGAACAAAGGCUCUCUGGAGGUCUUGCUGUUCACCGGCAGCCACAGUCCGCGUCGCGUCAUCCGCCGGCCAGAGCAAGGCGCCCUGAACGAUGGGAGAGAGCACUCGCUGCGCAUCCAGAGGCUGGCCGGCAGAUCUUUUGCGGUUCAGGUGGACGAGGAGAACCGGAGGGAGGCAGCGCUUCCCAACGACCAGCCGGUGAGAUUGCAGCGUCUCUUCCUCGGUGGUAUUCCUGCAGAGGUGGAGCAGACCUCCAACAGAGCCAACGUCCCAUUCCAGGGAUGCAUAUGGAACCUCAUGGUCAACGCCGUUCUCUCAGAUUUCUCCCUCCCCGUGUCCUUUGAGAAUGCCGAAAUCGGCCAGUGUCCCAACCUCGCCCCUCCGCCGCCUCUGCCGGAACCGGAGGGACCCGAGAAGGGAGAGGACGAGAUGGAGCCGUCCAGUCCUCCAGGGAGCCCCACCGUAGUAACCCCAGCUCCAGGUCCUCGCGCUGAGGCCACACCCACUGCUGCUUCCGCCCCGCCCACUGAUAAAAAGGAGCCCAGUGCCGACGUGGAUUCCUGUGCGUCAGCUGUGGCCCCGGCAGUGCUCGAUAAUGCCUAUCAGUUUGGACUGACCAGGAACAGUCACAUGACGUUUGCUUUUGAUGACGCAAAAGUCAGAGAGAGGCUAAUAUUGGAGUUUGAGAUAAGGACAAAGGAGGAUUCAGGCCUCGUUCUCUACAUGGCAAGAAUCAACCAUGCAGACUUCGUCAGCAUACAGAUCAAGGAUGGACUAGUUUGUCUGGGCUAUGAUCUUGGUCAUGGGAACAUAUCUGGCUGCGUCCCCUACUCCGUCAAUGAUGGCCACUGGCAUACGAUCCGUGUCAGUCGUCACAAGCAGAGAGGUCUGCUCACCGUUGACGGGCGGUACAGCAAACAGAUGAAUAGCCCAAAGACGGCUGACCUGUUAGAUGUUGUAGGAAUACUGUAUGUUGGUGGAUUCCCACAGAACUACACCAGCAAGAGGAUUGGACCGAUUCUUUACAGCAUCAAUGGAUGCAUCCGUAACCUUAAGAUGGUUGGCGGUGCGGUGAGCUCCCCGGGAGUACCUUCACGGCGCUCCGAGGCGGGUGUUGAGAACUUUAACAUGAACAUGGCCGCGCCCACCUCCAGUCACAUGAUCGCUACAUGCUUCGUUGCCACUGAGACUGGCACCUAUUUUGAAGGCACCGGCUACCUGAAAGCCGUCUCGUCCUACAGAGUAGGUCUGGAUGUGUCCAUAGCAUUCGAGUUCAGGACCAGCAGAACCAGCGGAGUGCUCCUAGCCAUCAGUAACCAAGGAAACAACGGGGUGGGCCUGGAGAUCGUCGAGGGCAAGCUGCUCUUCCACGUGGACAACGGCGCUGGACGGAUUACGGCGGAGCACGCGCCUGGGGGCGAGGGCUUCUGCGACGGCCAGUGGCACUCGGUCACCGCCAGGAAGCUUCGCCACAGGGCGCAGCUGGUGGUGGACGAGCAUCAGAGCGAGGCUGAGAGCUCCAACGCGCGCUCCAACACAUGUGACACAAACGACCCCAUCUACGUCGGCGGGUAUCCGGAUGGGGUUCGCCAGGCAGCUCUCUCUACCGGCACUUCCUUCAAAGGUUGUUUGAGGAACCUGAAGAUCACCAAAGCUUCCAAGACCAUGGAGGUGCAGUUCAACAAGGCUCUCGAGAUUAAAGGAGUCCGGCCUCUUUCCUGUCCUGCAGUAGCUGCCUGACCGGCACCAUAGAGCUUCCACUUCCGCUGUUUACCUAAAAAUAUUGCCGCCUUGGUCUUUGAACCUGCACGGAGCACAGCGUUUUGCAUCAAUGAGUGACACCUUAUUUUGUGCCGGCGUGGUGCCCGAAAACCAGGUAAAUAUCUACAUCAGAGGGACUAGAAAAGUUGUAAUGCUUCCCUUCAAAAACAGUUAGUUGAUUUUAUUUAACGAGAGUUUGGAGGCCCGAUUUGUCUCCUAAAUAAGUCUCCCUCUGUGGCUCAUACAACAGAAUUAUAGGCAGAUAUCAUCAUGUCCGUAGACAAACUGCAAAGUUACCUGCGGCAAAGCAGACUCUAAAUGUUAAACUUCACCCUCUGGUUUGCAGUAUAAGACCCUGCCCAUGUAUGACUGGUCAAUGGAUUUAUCCUGCUUUUAAAUUAAAAACUCAAACCGUUUUAAAAUGUGUGGCUGUCCACAAUGCCAAGGACGUUUUAAGAAUAUUCAAGCUAAUGCAAUUUUGUUUUGUGUGUGAGAGCAUUACAUUUGCUUUUCAAUGGAGUUUCUCUUGCAGAUGUUGAACAUGGCAUCUGGAACUUUACAGUUAUACACUGUUACCUGCGUUACAUAAACGUCUGUAAAAGAGAAAAAAUGACAAUUUGAUAGUGUGUUCCUACAUUUGUCCUUUAUGAACCUUGUUCCCUGAAAUGUUGUUUAGAAAAUCAUAUCACCAUUAAAACCGUAGAAUAAGUGAAACUUUUCCUCAGCCUCCAAGACAUCUCGUGAUGUAAAGCUGAGCUGUAGCACAAAAUACAUUUGAAGCCGACUUCACGCAAUGACAUGAAUACUUUGUACAUGAAAUAAUUUGUUGGUUGUUUGGGGGAAAUCUUAACACAAUAAAACCUACGCCGAUUAAGUGAAUAUUGUUUCAAUAUACAAAAUGAGUUAAUGAUGAAAGCAACGUUGACUUUAUUUUGUGAUGCAAUAUUUCUUAAACAUUC